AUGGCUUCGACAAAAUCGAAACCAGUCAAACAUCUUGUGUUGGAUACGUGUGCGAUUAUUGCAAAUCCUGAUUUACAUGUGAGUGAUUUUUUUUGAAGAAGAAGAAGAAGUGCGCGAAAAAUGAUUGGGAUUUUUGAUAAUUUGACAAAAAGUGAAAAACUUGAGGGCUUUUUAUUUUGAAAAAAAAAACUGAAAAUGAAUGACGUGGGGUUUGAAAAGUGCAUUUUUUGUUUUCGGUGAGCAUUUUUAACACAAAAUGUGCUCAAGAAGACGAAAAACUUAUUUUUAUUGAAAAUCGCAGAGCAAAUGGGUUCUAAAAUGAAAUUUUCAACAUUGGGAGCAUUUUGAGCACUGAAGAUUUUGGCGCCAAAAUCAAAAUUUUAAAAAUUUGAAUUUUCCCGCCAAACUUCUCGCGAAAUCGUGACGAGACCCAAGUACUUUUGAAAAUUCAUGUUCCUUUAAAGGAGCAUCGAUUUUUUCGGGCCCCACAACAAUUUCGUCAUGCAUGGUUUCGCAAUAAUUCUUGCCUAGAAACAAAUGAAAAAAAUAAUGUGUUUUUCAAUUUUUUUGGUGUGUUUUCGGCUCAGAAAAUUGAAUUUUUAGUCUAUUUUUUUUUAUUCCAGCAACUCGCCGAACUCUACUACGCUCCUCACGAAAUCAUCAGCGAACUUCAAUCUCAAAAAGCGCGCAAAAUAUGGGACACUUUGCCGUUCGAAGUUGUGCUCCGCGAGCCAACUCCACAAGCUCUUCGAGAAGUCAUCGAAGCCGCCAAGAAAACCGGAGAUUUUCAAAGUUUGAGUAUGGUUGAUAUGAAGGUUAUCGCGUUGACUUAUGAUUUAAAUCAACAAUUUGUGGUGAAAAAAUCGGAAGUCGCGGAGAAAUCUAGUGAAGAAGAGAUUGCCGAGAUCUCAAAGAAAAACAUGGAGGAACUCAAUGAAAAAUUGGGAGAAGUUCGGGUAACUUCAGAGGGAGAAGCUUCAGAUGCGGAAUCAGCAGCAGAAGAUUCAGAAUCUGAGCUAGAAGAUUCUGAAGACGAAGGUUGGAUCACGGCAGAAAAUAUUGAUGAAACCUUGAAGAAAUUGGGAGGAUUUGAAGUUGAGGAAGGAAUGUUGGUUGGAUGUAUUACUACAGAUUUUGCACUUCAAAAUGUGUUGCUUUUUAUGAAUUUGAGCCUGGUUUCACUAAAUGGUUAUCGUAUUCGCAAGUUGAAAUCAUUUGUUUUGCGAUGUCGCACGUGUUUUACGACAACUUCGAUUAUGACUAAAGAGUUUUGUCCGGCUUGUGGACAUAAGACUUUGCAUAAGGUAUUUUGGGUGUUUUUUAGUUCUAAACAUGUCUGGGAUGGUUUUGGAGAGAAAAUUUUGGGAUUUUUCGAGUCUAGAUGAGCCAGAAAUGAUUUUUGCCCCCAAAAAUAAUGAUUUUCCCAUCUUACAACCAAAAAACCUGAAAAUUCUGUAAAUUUCAGCCAAUAAACAUUAGAAAUGUUUCUAGUUUGUUUUUUUCCAAAGUAAAAAACCGGUUUUUUUUGUUCCAAAAAAAACUUUUCUUCUUUCGAAAUUUUGAGUUUUUUCUGGAAACCUUUUUGAGAAAAUGUGACAUCUUCUUAUCAAGAUUUUUCAGAAUAUUUUUUCUGGACGUGACUCAUCUAUAAAAAAAGCUUAUAGCACUUUUUGUUUUGAAAAAAUGCGACUUUUUUGAAGCUAUACGAUUUUUUCAUCAGUUUUUACCACUGAAAAUUACACAGAAAAAAAAACUUCUGGAAAUCUGUCAAUUCCUUGGCUAAAAAUUUGCAAAAGCUGAAAAUCCCAAGAUUCCCAUGAAUCUUAUGAUUUUCAGACAAUUUUUCAGUUUUGGAUUUGGCUGGGAGGCAGAAGCUAUGCCCAAAUUUUCAAUUUUUCUGGAAACUAAAAAAAAACUUCUGAAAUUUUAUAUCACCAAAUACAGUUAUGAAUAAAAAUUAGUAAAUUUAUUGUGUUAAAUAUUUUCCACGCCAAUUCUUCUCUGUAAUUUCUCAUCUCCACUCUGAAAUUUUGAAAAUUUUCAAAUUAAUACAAUUCGCCUACCUUUUUAUUUCAUUUUUCAAAUCCUCAAUCAAUUUUUUUUUUUUCUGAAUAUUUUUAAUUUUGGUUUUCAGUAAAGAUAAACGUAAACUCACAUUAUUUGAAUUCGAAUUUCUUCUAUUUUAUUUUGAAUUUCUUCUUCUUUAUUUCGCAUUUCUUCUUCUUUAUUUCGAAUUUCUUCUAUUUUAUUUCGAAUUUCUUCUUCUUUAUUUCGAAUUUCUUCUAUUUCAUUUCGAAUUUCGUUUGUCAUUUUAUUUAUGAGAAACUUUGAAAGAAUGAGUUUUGUUAUCAGAAAAAAUUAUCGAUUCAAAUUUAUAUAUACUUUCAUUGGACAAAAACUGAAGUUUUCUCAUCACCUAAAAAAUUAUCAAUGACAUGUUUAUCAGAAAAAAAUAGGUUUUCAAACAUUUGUUAGAUUUUUACGGAAGAAAAAUUGUUGGUUGCUGAAGAUUCACAAUUUUCCUCACAACAAAAUGUUUUCUCGUAAAAUUGAAUGGAAAAUUGUCAUCUCCUUGGCUGAAAAUUUGCAAAAGCUGAAAAUCCCAAGAUUCCCAUGAAUCUUGUGAUUUUCAGACAAUUUUUCAGUUUUGGAUUUGGGUGGGAUGCGAAAGUUAUGCCCAAAUUUUGAAUUUCUGGCUGAAAAUCUAGUUUUCCUGGAUUUAUCAGCAAAAUUAUCAAAAAACACGAAAUUUUGGCCAAAAUCCAAUUUUCCAUCUGAACUUUCGAUUUUCAGGUGAAAAAUUGGAUUUUCAGCCAAGCUUGCGGAAGCUAUGCCCAAAUUUUGAAUUUUUCUAAAAUUUCCAAUGUUUCUUUUCAGUGCGCCGUCUCAGUCGAUGAAAACGGCGAGCAACAACUUCACAUCAAUUGGAACCGGCUCGCAAAUCUUCGCGGUCUCCGCUACACUCUAGCCGAACCAAAAGGCGGAAAACACAGUGUCAACGAGAAAUUGUUCGAAGAUCAACCGAUGCCUCAUAUGAGAAUGGCCAAGAUUCAUAUGGAUCCUCUGGCUGAUGGUCCUUUUACACUUCAUGAUGUUGUUUCGAGAAGUGCAAUGUUGGGUGUGAGAACUAUGAAUAAUCGAUCGAAACAGAAUCGGAAUCGGAAUGAGGCGAAACGAGGCGGAAGAAGGAAGUGA